UUUGAUUUGGUCAGAAGAAAACGAAAACAGCCACGGUCAAGGCAUUAAAAUUCUGAUAAUUUCACAACAAAACCAGUCAGUGACCUUACCAGCACUCUAAUAAAACAAAACAAAGCGAGAAGCUUGUAUAAUUCGCCGACCAGUUUGCGGUUCUUCACCUACAUUUGCAUUUCAAACCACGUAGUAGUCGAUAAGAAGAAAACCCACUGCUGAUAACGAGUAGCGAAGUGACUAAACCAUUGAAAAAAACAAUGAUGAAUCAAAUAAUUUAAAAAAAACUGUGAAGUUAGACUUGUCUCAAUUGAAAAAGAAUGUCCUCGUGGGACUUUUCGUGGACGGACGUCUGUCCGUCCGGUUUGCGUCCGUGGGUGAAAGACUACAACGAUUUGGCACCGUGUUUUCAGGAGAUUUGCUUGCAGCUUCCAAUCCUGGUGCUAUUUGCCGUGCUGUCGUCGUACUAUUACGGAUCUCACUUUCGGUUGGUGUACCGGAACGGUGUUCAGCUACGGUCCAUCCGGUUGCGCAUUGCCGCCUCGAUUGGGUUGGGUUUGAUUCCGGUGUUGAAGAUUUUCUACCUGCUACGGAUUCAUGGUAAGAUCUAUCCGAUCGAUGUGCUUCUAUCGUGCGUGCAGCUCGUGGCUUGGACGGUUCACAUUGGCUUUCUGACCAGUUCGAUCAAGCGGGGAUCGUUGAGUCAUCGGGGCCCACUGGCGAUUAUCGUCCUGUGGACAUCGCUCUUGGCUUUGACCGCCAUUUGGGUCCAUACGAACAUCAAGUCGGACUAUUGGUUGUGGUACAUCGCGGACUUGGUGAUUUUCAUUAGCUACGGGUCGACGCUGAUUGCUCCGGGAAAUGCUUACUACAUAAGGGUUCAGAGGACAGCGGAUGAAGAACGACAGGCGCUGCUUUCGCAGACUUACACGAGAUUUCUGGAGGAUAUCGAUGAACCGGUGUUGGGCCCGAUUGAAGAUGAUGCCAAUUUCCUGUCGAAGCUGAUCUUCUAUUGGGUGAGACCGCUUAUUACGAAAGGAGUUGUCGGUAAGCUGAGGAAGAAUGAAGAUCUGUUUGAUUUGCCUGAAUGCCUAAAUAUGAAUUUGGUUGUGGAUAAGCUCCAGAAGCAGCUAGUGGCUGUAGGGUCUCUGUUCAAGGCACUUCAUAGAAGCUUCGGUUGGGAGUUCUAUUUGAUUGGACUUCUUCGACUGUUGGCUGAUCUCUCCGGUUUCGCCGGACCCAUCCUCCUCGGUGGAUUGCUUCGCAGUGAAAAUUUCAUCGGUAAUGGAACUAUUCCAGACAACGACAAUUGUGAUACUUGCUACACAAUAGACUUUCGUCCAUAUUACUACGCUUUAGGGCUUCUACUGUCGACUCUCAUCAGUUGUUUUGCCGGUGUGCACUUCAACUGGCGAAUGACUUUGGUAAGCACCAAAAUGCGCAUGAGUCUAGUAACGGCGAUCUACCGAAAGUCGCUCAUUGCUAAAGGCCUCCAGAAUGCCCGUCCGGAAAUACUGAAUCUUAUGUCGACUGAUACCGAUAGGAUUGUUAAUUCCUGCAUUAGCUUCCACUCGUUCUGGAGUAUCCCGUUUCAACUCUUCACGACCCUCUACCUGCUUUAUACUCAAAUUGGACUAGCGUUUCUCGCCGGGGUGAUUUUUGCCAUCAUUCUGAUCCCGAUCAAUCGCACGAUAGCGAUCAAGAUCGGUCAACUGUCGCAAGGUCUGAUGACGGCCAAGGACGGCCGCAUUGCCAUCACGACAGAAACCAUCGGUGGAGCGAAACACAUCAAAAUGAACUCAUGGGAGGAUGUAUUCAUCAGCAAGAUCGAACGGAUUCGUCGGGAGGAGGUCGGUUACUUGUCCCGGAGGAAGUAUCUGGAUGCGCUAUGUGUGUACUUUUGGGCGACGACGCCGGUGCUGAUGUGUCUACUGACGUUCGGAACGUCCGUGCUGCUGGGAGGUACGCUGACUGCGGCCACCACCUAUACCAGUGUGGCGCUGUUGAAUAUGCUGAUUGGACCGCUGAAUGCCUUUCCCUGGGUUUUGAAUGGACUGGCUGAGGCGUGGGUUUCACUCAAGAGGGUGCAGGAGCUGAUUGAUCUACCGAACAUUAACCUAACCGAGUACUACAAGCCGCUGCACCAAACGGAAACGGCCUUCUCUGGGGCUUCCCGUCGACCGGUCGUGAUCGCCAUCAAAGACGGUCACUUUCAGUUUGAAAUCCAACGCAGCCGCAAGGAGCUGGGUCUCGUUCAGGAGGACAUUGUCGAUUUUCGAAUUCUCAAUUUAAACCUUCAGAUACGGCAAGGAGACCUUAUAUGCCUGGAAGGCCCUGUCGGAGGAGGAAAAACGUCCCUGCUGGAGGUGAUCCUGGCAAAUUUCAAAUGCACCCAAGGGGUGGUGGCGAUUUCGAACGUGGACGAAGGUUUCGGGUAUGUAGCUCAGACCCCGUGGCUGCAGAGGGGAACGAUCCGGGAGAAUAUCCUGUGGGGAGAAAUGUACGACGAUACCAGAUACAAGGCGGUGAUUCAUGCUUGUGCUUUGAACUAUGACUUGAACCUUCUGAAAGGGGACAGCACUGGAGUUGGCGAGCAAGGUCGAACGCUAUCCGGUGGGCAGAGAGCACGUAUCGCUCUGGCCCGAGCCAUCUAUCAGAACAAGGGGAUCUACUUGUUGGACGACAUCCUUUCGGCACUCGAUGCUCACGUAGCGUCGCAUAUCGUGCGCCACUGCAUCUUCGGACUGCUAAAGGAUAAAACCCGAAUCAUUGUAAGUCAGCAUCCGCUGGUGCUGACUCGAGCUAAUCAGAUUCUUCACGUUGAAAAUGGUGCUGUGAGUCAGAGUGACAUCACGGCGACUGGUUCGAUGAUAAGUGACUUUGAGGACGAAGGAGAAGACCUUCCGUCGAGUUUCAACGUGGAAUAUGAACCAAACACACCGCCGAAGGAUGAUGAUAAUUUAAGUUUGGACAGUGUGAUGGCCGAAGAAAGCAGAGAGUUUGGUCAUUUGGAUAGGAAAGUACUCGGAGCUUAUUGGCAGGCGAUGGGGCGGUCGCUUGGAUUUUGGGUUAUCGUUUCGGUGCUGUUGAUGCAACUUUCGAGGAACCUUUCAGAUGCUUGGUUGGCUUAUUGGGUGGGAGCUUCCUCGCCGGCACCAGCUCCGCCUAGCAAUGGUACGAAUAAUGCAACUGUAUUGGAAUCAGAAGUGCCACAAGAAGGCAUUGCUCAUUUGUGGAGCCUGAGUACCAUUCAGAGCGUACUGAGCAUGGUACAGGAUUUUGCGUCAUCUUGGAUUAGAGGAGUAGAUCACGAUACGGAACUGGCUGACGAACUGCAACAGGAGGCACUGCUAGUGGAUACAGAGAACAAGACGCUUACAAUGUACUACCUCGGAGUCUUCACCGGUCUGGCCGUUAGCAAUUCGCUCAUAACGUUGGUCCGGGCGUUCCUGUUUGCGUACGCCGGAAUCAAAGCGGCCAAGUGCAUCCACGAUAAACUGCUGAACAGUGUGGUUUAUACAAAGUUCCAAUUCUUCGACAUUGCCCCGCUGGGUCGCAUCCUGAAUCGCUUCUCGUCCGACGUCUACACCAUCGACGAUUCGCUCCCGUUCAUCCUGAACAUACUACUGGCCCAGUUCUUCGGCCUGCUUGGUGCCCUCGCCAUCAGUCUAUAUGCAAUGCCCUGGCUGGGGCUGCUCGUCGUUCCGCUGUGCCCGAUCUACCUAACACUGCAGAAUCAGUACCGAUACGCAUCACGGGACAUCAAGCGACUAUCGAGCAAUGCCCUGUCACCGCUGUAUACUCACUUUACGGAAACGCUUCAGGGGAUGGCCACGAUCCGAGCGAUGCGAGGUGAAGCUCGAUUUAAGAAAAACUUCCUCUUCAAGCUUGGCGAAAGCAUUAAGGCUCAACUUUCGUCAUCUGCUGCCCAACAGUGGCUCGGAUUGAGGCUUCAACUGCUGGGGGCUUUCCUGGUGGGUGGGGCCGGAUUGCUAGCAGCUAUCACUUCCGCUCACCUAACCUCACCGGAAAUGGUUGGCCUAACGAUUUCCUACGCCCUAUCGAUCACUGGGUUGCUGUCCGGAUUGCUCAAUGCAGUAUCCGAAACUGAACAGGAGUUUGUCGCAAUUGAAAGAGUUAACCAGUAUUGCGAAUUGGAGAAGGAAGUCAAUUGCGAAGGAUCGGCCGAUCCGCCAUUCGGUUGGCCCUAUCAAGGGGUUGUAGUAUUCGACAAUGUUUAUCUCAAUUAUCGCGAGCAUCUGCCUAUGGCGCUCAGGGGACUUUCGAUGCAUAUAACAUCUUGCGAGAGAAUCGGCAUCGUCGGAAGGACCGGCGCAGGUAAGACCUCUGUUCUAGCUUCAAUAAUGAGGGUGGCUCCCCUUUCGAAGGGUACCAUCACAAUCGACUGUGUAAACAUUGCAACCCUUCCACUCGACGUUCUGCGAAGUCGAAUUGCAGUCGUAUCACAAGAUCCUUUCCUGUUCAAUGGCACCAUUAGGGAGAAUCUCGAUCCCCGAGGGCUUCACCUAGAUUCGGAGAUUUGGGAAGCCAUCACUUGCUGUCUGGCAAGUCCUCUCGUGCAAGCCUUGGGUGGGCUUAACGCCAAGCUAGACCCCAGCGGAUCCAAUCUAUCCGCCGGUCAGAAGCAGCUUCUUUGCCUUACACGAGCUCUACUUAAAAAGUCCAAAAUCGUCCUAAUAGACGAGGGUACCGCCAACCUGGACUACGAAGCGGAAUCAGCCAUACAGCUUGUGCUGAAAAAUGCCUUCCGCGGGCGAACCGUAAUUCUGAUUGCUCACAGACUGAACGGGCUGCAAAAUACCGACCGAAUCGUUGUGAUGAAGGAAGGCGAAAUCACCGAACAGGGACUGCCCCGAGAACUUGCCCUUAAUGCGGAAACACUGUUUCACUCGAUGCUCCAGGAGCAGCAGAAUACAACCUUUGCCAAGUUGUAAGUCCUAGUCCCGAAAUGGAAUUCUGAUAUUUUUACUACGUAUUAAAGCAUUAACAUUGUUUUUUUUUUUUUUUUGGAAAAAUACUGCUUUUUCCACAAACUGCUUUUAGUUCUUAACAAACCGUUUCCUUCAGAAAAUAGUUUCUAGAUAAUUUUAGGAUGGUCUAAAUAAGCGUUGUAAAAAAAGAAGAAGAUUAUAAUCACAUUAUAAAACUCUAAA